AUGGCACCCGUGACGCCCCGUCUCAAGAUCCUCUCUGUGGGUGGGAAUGCAGUAUCUGCUUUCCUGUCAUGGCGACUUCAGGCGACGAAUGCCUGCGACGUCACUCUUGUCUGGAAGUCUGGGUUUGAGCACGUUGCCCAAUAUGGCAUCUCCUUCAAAUCGCCAUCCUUCGGCAACGAGCGCUUCAAGCCACGACACGUCGUGAGAUCUCCCGAAGAAGCCGCCGCCCGUCGAGAGGGCGCCUUCGACUAUGUCAUCCUUUGCAUCAAGGCGCUGCCGGACAUCUACGACCUGGCCGCUAUCAUCGAUUCAGUCGUUACUCCUCAGCACACUUGCAUCCUCAUCAACACUACCCACACUCUCGGCGUCGAGGCGGCCAUAGAAGAGAGGUUCCCCACCAACGUGGUUCUAUCAUUGGUCUCUGGCGCUGAGAUCACCCAGCUUGGAGCUAGUGAAUUCGAACACAAGGGCUCAACGGAAAUCUGGGUAGGGCCCGCUAACAAGAACGACAACAUCCCUCAUUCGAUCCAGGAAGACAUGGCUCAGGCCCUCGCCAUGACUCUGAGCACUGGCCAGGUGGAAUGCAAGGUCUCAUCAAAUAUCAGGCAACAACAGUACGAGCGGGUUAUUGGCCCAAUUGCCUUCCAUCCCGCCAGUGUCAUCUUCGAGACCUCGAAUCAUGCAGCUCUUCUGGACAAGGUUGGCGUUUCCCAACUCGUGUCCGAUGUCAUCGACGAAUUGCUCUCGCUGGCCGACGCCCAAGGCUGCAAGCUUCCCGCCGAUUUCAAACAGAAGACGAUCAAUGAGAUGACCCAACCUCAGACGGCCGAGAGUGUCAUGUGGCAAGACUACAUAGCGAGGCGGCCGAUGGAAGUCGAGACCUAUCUCGGAUCUCCCAUGAAGCUCGCGCAACAAUGUGGUAUCCGCUUGCCACGGAUCGAGACCCUCUACACCGUUCUUUACAACUUGAACAUCACCAACCAGACCCGGCCAAAGCCUGGUGAUCCGGUGCCCCGGCCCGGUGGAUCUCCAGGCCCCGUUUCAUCGCCUGUCCCGCGAAUGUCAUCACAAUCUAUCCCCCCACGGCCCAUGCCGAAUGGUAUGCCCAACGGCAAUGGCAUGAAUGGCAUGCCUCGUCCCCGCCCUCGUGGUUCUUCGCAGAUGGGACCGCCUCCCGGCAUGCGACGACCGCCUCCGUCGAUGAACGGCGGCCCGCCCAACGGUUUUGGAAGACCCCCGACAAACGGUUACGGACCGUCCUCGAGAGCGGCGUCUAGAAGGGGCUCGAUGGAGGGUGCAGAUCUCGAGGAGUUCAGUCACCUCGUGGUGUACGACGAUAUCCCCGAGGGCGGCGAUGCAUCCCAGGACCUGGCCAUGAGAGAGCGCGAGCUGCAGAUCAGACAGCGAGAAUUGGCACUGCGAGAACAGGAGAUGAGGAUGAGGCGCGGACCGCCUGGGCCAGGCCCGCCGCGACGAGGACCGCCUUCGAUCCGGCCCAGCCCGUACGAUGACGAUGACGAGGAUGAGGACUACUUUGACCCGGCCUCGACACCUGGACCGAUGAUCGACCCGGACAACUUCGAUAUGAUGAGCGUUACGUCGAAGAGGAAUCGAAAAAUCCCGCCCCCGAGUGCCGCCCAAAUUCGCAAGAACCCCGAAUUUGGCGCCAUGCCGCCGCGCAACAGCCGGUUCCGGCCAAACUUUGGCCGCAAUCGGUCGAGCCAGAUGGUGGACUCGACGGCCCAGCUCCACGCCAACAUUCUGGAUGACCCAUUGUUGGGCUACUCGUCAAAUCGUUAUGGUACCGUAGACCGGGGAGCGAUGCAUCACGAAUCAAGGGCGAACUCGCUCACGGCAUCGCGUCUGGAGGAUCUGCAGUACAACGGCGGCGGCCCGCCCAUGGGCAUGGGUAUGAACGGCGGAUACCCGCGCCGUGCCAGCCAGUCUCCUGGUAAUCCAUACAGCCCAUCGAUUCGCGGGGGCAACGGUCGGCCUUCCCCGCCCAACGGCUACGGACCUGCCAUGGGAGGGCGGCCCUCGCCACCUGACGGAGUACGGCAGCCGGUCCCACGAUACCCACCAGGACAGGGCAACAGCGUUGCGCCGCAGCAGGUGGAGCAACACGUCGGGGUGAGCGCCCUUCAGCCGCCACAAGGCAAGAAUGUGCGAAGUCUGACAGGUAGUGCGAGCGCCAGCGCGGGGAGUGGUGAUUCCACCCAUCUCGACUCGGAGCCAUCUGCACACAGCAGUACCAGCAGUCUAGGGCCUCGCCCUCCGAUUGGAGUACGGUAA